AUGUCAAGCAGGCUCUUGACAUUUCCCCCCGAGUUACUUCUGUAUAUCUUAUCCUUCCUCGACAUCCCCGACCUCGCCGCGAUCGCGUGUGUCUCGGACUACCUUGCCCUUCUGGCUACAGACCCUAUUCUGCAGCGCACCCGUCUGCUCGUUGUGGCUCCCUCUCGAGUUUCACACUCGCUCUUUGCCCUGGGAGUUCACGGGGACCCCCUCCGGCCAACCGUAGCCGAUUUAGUGCACAGAGGUGUCAUGAAAGGCCUCAACAUCGAAAGCCGCUGGAGGCACGGCUUGUACUUCUAUUCCUCGCUUUCCGUGAUCAACUACGAAAGCUCUGUCCGCCUCUUGCGUCGCCGUGCUUCCAAUGUAUUAUCAUCGCACCUCCGCCGCCUCCCUAACACCCUGCAGACGUUAAAGGCUUCCCACGUCCUUCCCGACGUCGAGAUGUCUUCCCCGACUGUUUCGCGCUCCCUUCUCCCUGUCAUGCGCAAGCUCAAAUGGAGUAUCAGGCGUGACAGCCUGGCGAAAAUGAUCCGGAGCAAGAGCCAUAUGUAUCUUACCGGUAAGGGAGACCAGAGCCCCGGUGGGAUUGCCAGAUGGAUUGAGGAUCGCACUCCAAUCCUGGCAGGAGAAUGUGAGAGAGUAAGGCUCGCCGUUUGUCCAGCAGUGAAGAAGAUGGUUGACUUGUUUGAGCAUAUGGGGGAAGACAAUUGA